GCCGGCCGCUGUCAGCUCCCUCAGAGUCCGGCUGAGCUGCGGUGUAUGCUUAGCCGCUGCGGGCGCCGGCUGCAACACGUCCUAGGCCUUGGCUUCCCUCUGCUGAGCCGCCGGCCGCUUCUCCUCUGCCCUUCCCUUCUCAUGAAGCCGCUGGUAGUGUUUGUCCUUGGCGGCCCCGGCGCCGGCAAGGGGACCCAGUGCGCCCGGAUCGUCGAGGAAAUGGAUAAGACAAUGGCUGUUAGUGCUCAGAAGAAUAAAUUCUUGAUUGAUGGGUUUCCGAGAAAUCAAGACAACCUUCAAGGUUGGAACAAGACCAUGGAUGGGAAGGCAGAUGUAUCUUUUGUUUUAUUUUUUGACUGUGAUAAUGAGAUCUGUAUUGAACGAUGUCUUGAGAGGGGAAAGAGUAGUGGUAGGAGUGAUGACAACAGAGAGAGCUUGGAAAAGAGAAUUCAGACCUAUCUUCAGUCAACAAAGCCAAUUAUUGACUUAUAUGAAGAAAUGGGGAAAGUCAGGAAAAUAGAUGCUUCUAAAUCUGUUGAUGAAGUUUUUGAUGAAGUUGUGAAGGUUUUUGAUAAGGAAGGCUAAUUAAUUCUAAGCCUGAAAACAUCCUUGAAAUCAUGCUUGAAUAUUGCUUUGAUAGCUGCUAUCACACCCCUUUUUAAGACAAUUUUAAUCUUUCAUAAUACAUCUCAAUUAAUGGCUGGAAAGUAUAUAGCAAAACAUUAAUUUUUUUAUGUGCUCUUUUUUUUGGUCACGGGAAUAGACAGUAAAUUCAGCUUUUACUUCAUCCUAGUUAUGGUGCUCACAAAACAAAGAAGGAUAUCAGCUAGUUCUUUGUUUUUCUUAAAAGAGAAUGUCCCUUUUAUAGUUUGUGCCUUCUGUGAGCAACACCUUUUAAUAUGCAUAUUAGAUCCGUUUAUUAAUUACAGUAUGUUAGGGUUAGGGAUACCCACUUCCUCUUUUUCUUGUAAGUUUUAAAUUUCCAAGCUUAGGUGAAUUUGUGGACCAAAUUUCAAAGGAACUUUUGUGUAGUCAGUUCUUGCACAGUAUGUUUGGUAAACAAACUCCUAAAAUGGAUUCUUAGCAGUGUUUUUUAAUAUUUGUCAAAUAACUGACCAUUUCCUAUAGAAAGGUAAAAAAAAAAAAAGCUUAGGUUUUGUUUAUUUACUGCAUUUUGUAGAAAGUUGUAUGACAGGGCAUAUUCUUUGUUUCAAAGUUUUAGGAUGGGGGCCCUGGGGGUUCAGAGCCUGGGAGAAUUGUCAGCUUCAUUCUGACAUAGUCUGAAUAGAUGGGGCAAGGAUCACGUGUAAUAGCUUGUGUUCCUCAUACUCUGUUAGAUAGUGUUAUUCAUGAUUCAAUUGAUCUUAACAAAAUCAAUUUUAGCAGUGGAACCUUGAAAUGCAUGUGUUAGAUUUAUGCUAAAAUGAUUCAGUUAGCGUUUUAGUAACACUUCAAAUUUUUUAGUUUGUUUUCUAGACUAAAUA